AUGGAUCCAAGAGCCUCCUUCUCCAUUCUGAUGCUGCUGGUUGGCUUCUCCCAGGCACUUUUUCUACCGGAGCUUGCAGAUCUAUUAAUAACACAGCAAGAAAAUGUGGACCUCACUUCAAAGAUUUUAGAGACCAACAAUGGAUCUGCUGAAAUCUUGCUUGAAGGAGAUCUGGUGUUUCCCAAAACCAGAAAUGCUCUCUACUGCUUAAACAACAACUGUUUCUGGAAGAAAAAUGCCAACAAUCUAGUUGAGGUCCCUUACAUAGUGAGCAGUGAAUACACAUCUUAUGAGAAGAGUACUAUCCAGAGCGCCAUGACGUCCUUUGCCAGCAAAACCUGCAUCCGCUUUGUGCCCAGAUCAACUCAGAUCGACUACAUCAGCAUUGAGAACAAAGAUGGGUGCUACUCGUCUCUUGGUAGAACAGGUGGCAAACAGGUGGUCUCCCUCAAAAGGGGCGGCUGUGUGUACCAUGGCAUCGUUGAACAUGAGCUCAAUCACGCCCUGGGCUUCUACCACGAGCACACCAGGAGCGAUCGUGACCAGUACGUGAGGAUCAACUGGGCAAACAUCUCUCCUGAUAUGGCCUACAACUUCCAGAAACAGAACACCAACAAUCAAAACACUCCAUACGACUACGGCUCCGUCAUGCACUACGGAAAAACGGCCUUCGCCACCCAAUAUGGGCAGGAAACCAUCACUCCCAUUCCUGAUGCGUCUGUGCAAAUCGGACAGAGACAGGAGCUGUCUAACAUCGACAUCCUGAGGAUCAACAAACUGUAUGGAUGCUGAAGCUGAGGCUUUUGUACACGUGAUGUUACUGAUCAUUUAAUAUAGUUUAUGUGUCUGUAGAUGUUAUAAUAAGAGAAAGAAGUGAUGAUGGUGUUGGAUUUCUGAAAUGUUUGAUUGUUUUGGGAAAAAUAAAAGCAAAUUA